CCUCGCCCCAUGGCCAGCACGCCGCACGACCCCUUCUACUCGUCUCCCUUCGGGCCCUUCUACCGGCGCCACGCCGCCUACAUGGUGCAGCCCGAGUACCGCGUCUACGAGAUGAACAAGCGCCUGCAGGCGCGCGCCGAGGACAGUGACAACCUCUGGUGGGAUGCCUUUGCAACGGAGUUCUUUGAAGACGACGCAACCUUAACGCUUUCAUUUUGUUUGGAAGAUGGACCAAAGCGAUACACGAUUGGAAGGACCCUCAUUCCUCGUUAUUUUAGCACUGUCUUUGAAGGAGGUGUGACAGACCUGUAUUACAUCCUCAAGCACUCAAAAGAAUCAUACCACAACUCCUCCAUCACAGUGGACUGUGAUCAAUGCACCAUGGUCACCCAACAUGGAAAACCUAUGUUUACAAAGGUGUGCACAGAAGGACGUCUUAUCUUGGAAUUUACAUUCGACGACCUCAUGAGAAUAAAGACGUGGCACUUUACGAUUCGACAAUACAGAGAGUUAGUCCCUCGCAGCAUUUUAGCCAUGCACGCACAAGACCCCCAGGUCCUGGAGCAGCUGUCCAAAAAUAUCACGCGCAUGGGGCUGACUAACUUCACCCUCAACUACCUCAGGUUGUGUGUAAUAUUGGAGCCAAUGCAAGAGCUGAUGUCAAGGCAUAAAACUUACAAUCUCAGUCCUCGGGAUUGCCUGAAGACUUGCUUGUUUCAAAAAUGGCAGCGCAUGGUGGCACCACCAGCAGAGCCUACAAGACAGCCGACAACCAAACGGAGGAAAAGGAAAAAUUCCACCAGCAGUACUUCCAACAGCAGUGCUGGGAACAAUGCAAACAGCACCGCUAGCAAGAAAAAAACAGCAGCCACAAACCUGAGUCUUUCAAGUCAGGACGUGAUGGUGGUUGGGGAGCCAACUCUGAUGGGAGGAGAAUUUGGCGACGAAGACGAACGGCUCAUCACCAGGCUAGAGAACACGCAGUAUGACGCGGCGAAUGGGAUGGAUGAUGACGAAGAUUUCAACAGCUCGCCUGCUCUGGGGAACAACAGUCCAUGGAACAGUAAACCUCCAGCUAACCAGGAGGCCAAGUCUGAGAAUCCAACACCGCAGGCAUCCCAAUAAGUUAUCUGAAGCUACAUCCACCGUUGCUUAUAAGAGCAGGUUGCAAUUAUUAUCCCACAGCGUUUUUUUUAAAAAAAAAAACCUUCCAAGCUUUCCACAGAUAUCAAACCUAUUUCUGAGGUGUACAGCUAUCUUUCCUUUUUUAAGUUAGAAAAAUAAUUUAUAAGCUUUCAGGUAUUCAUCUUGGAAGCCCUUGCACAUGAUUGAAACUGGCGCUGACCUCAUUUUGGGGGGGGGGGGGAGAGAAUAUUUCUAAAUGCAUUUCAGUGCAGGAUUUUUGCUACCACGAUGCCCCUCCCCUUUACCCAGUAAAGGCCAUACUGUGCAGAGAAGGAUUUUUUGACAGUUUUUUUUUUUUAAUGGUAAAGGGCAUCCUGUUUUUCAGCUUCUUCCUGGGUAUUUUAGUCCUAGAAUACAGUUUUAAAAAUUCAGUGUCUUUGUUUUUUUAAUUAUGCUCUGAAUAGUUUCUUUCUCUGGUUAGCCUUUUUUCCCUUGUUUUUUUGGUGGAGAAAGCAAAAGAGGAGAGGGUUAGCGGGUGUUGGGGAACCUUAAAUUAUGAACUACAGUCCUGGUGAAAAUUCUUUGGGGCCUCUGCAAAAAUAUCCCAAAUUGAUCGUGAUUCAGUAAUGGACUGUCAAAGAUGCACCCCUCACAAUUGUAUGAAUGUAACUUUUAUUAUAUUCAUAUAAAAUGCUAUAAAUAAUGUUCAGCUAUGGCAAAUCAAAGAGCCCCGUGGCGCAGAGUGGUAAAGCUGCAGUACUGCAGUCGGAGCCCUCUGCUCACGACCUGAGUUCGAUCCCAGCAGAAGCUGGUUCAGGUAGCUGGCUCUAGGUUAACUCAGCCUUCCGAGGUUGGUAAAAUGAGUCCCCAGCUUGCUGGGGGGGAAAGUGUAGAGGACUGGGGAAGGCAAUGGCAAACCACCCCGUAAAAAGUCUGCUGUGAGAACUUUGUGAUGCGAUGUCACCCCAGAGUGGGAAACGACUGGUGCUUGCACAGGGGACUACCUUUACCUUAUGGCAAAUCACAUUGCUCCUUGAGUCAGUGGGGGAGCGUCUUCUUUGCACAGGCAAAUAGGUGUGAAAAACCUCAGCCUGAGACCCUGGAGAGCCGCUGCCCAGUCUGAAUAAACAAUACUGACUUUGAUGGACCGAGGGUCUGAUUCAGUAUAAGGCAGCUUUGUGUGCUCAUACGUUCAGUACUUUUGGAGAGACCAGAAAUAUUGUCUCUGUGUUACAGUUCUAUUACAACAGAGCUCAUAUAGAAAAGCUGGAGAAGCUCACGUGGCCAACUGAAAUCCUGCCUAUCAGUUCUUUGUCAAGACAAGACUGAAUUCCACCCUCUCCUCCUUUUACCCGUGUGAACAGCUGGUCCACACAACGCUGACUAUUGGCCUGAAAAGGGGAAUUCCACACACACAACUUGUUUGCAUGCACGAUUGCCCAUCUAGCUGGGGAUACCCACGCGUGCCCCCUCUCUAGAUCAGGACUUGUGUCUUCACAGGAGCCCGCAGUGAAGGGACGUUGGGCCCAGAAUCUUUUCCUAAUGGUUUCCGAGCUCUUCUCCUCCGUCCUUUCCUCCCUUGAGAGGUGCUGCCCUCCUUCCCCUCCCCUCUCCUUUCCACCCAUUUUGAGGGCCUGCCGCUUUAAAUUUGACACUAAGACAAAUCCCAGGUAACAGUUUUAAUUAUUGUAAAUGUUGCAAUGACUUUUAAAAGUCUUUUUUGUUUGUUUCCUCAAAGACAUGACAAAUAUUUUUAUGUGGAGAAAGAUACUCAAUGCCCAUGAGAAUUUAUGCUUUGUAAAAUUGCUGUCGAUCUGGAUUUUGAAAGCCAUGUAAUCCAUAACUUUGUGAGCAGUUUUAAAAAAGGUUAUUAUUGGGGCUGGGGGGGGGGGGUGAUUUUAUUGUUAUCUUAAGUUUAUUUUGUUGUUUUUUUCACACUUAUAUUCUUGUAUAAUACUUUUGUAAAGCCCUCAAACCAAUUAAUUUUUGACUCUAGUAUAUUUAUGUGGAUCUUUAUAAAAGAAACUAAUUUUUUCAUUUACAUAUUAAUAUGUUCAAAUUCAUCAUGUAAAAGAAAAACACAAAUGAGUCGGUGUGUCAUAUGAUACAACUGUAUUUUAUGUAUGCUUUGCCAAUACAUGUGCCAAUAAACUGUGUUAACAAA